AUGCCUCACGCAGUAUCUCCCGGGCGCGAAACAGCAGACAGCCCCGUCGACACAGGACUCCCCGUGCCGCCUCAAGAAGAGUCUCAAGAUGUCGAGAUGGGCGAGACAUCAGAUGAAGCCUCCAAGCCGACGACGAAAGGCUUAGAAGACAUGUUUGACGAUGAUGACGACGACGACGACGACGAAUUCUCUUCCAGUGCAGCGACUCGGCCCAACGACAGCUCACAGCCAGAACCACAACCACAAGCCUCGCUCGGAGCGAAAUACUCCGACCCGGAAACACUACGCCAAUUCUACUCUCGAUUAUGUCCCUUUCGACAUCUCUUCCAAUGGCUCAAUCACUCGGCUACACCACAAGCUGACUUUCAAAACCGCGAGUUCUCCUUCUGGCUGCCGGGUAACAAGGUCAUACGAUAUCUCUCCUUCCCCACAGCAGACAUGCUCAAGAAGCAAUGCGUUCAGAUGACGCCUGAACGUUUCGAAAUCGGACCUCAGUAUACCGUCAACCCGAAAGAUCGAAAGACCCUGAAAAAGGCAUCCGCAUUUAGGCCCAUCAUGAAAGAGCUGGUGUUUGAUAUCGAUAUGACAGAUUAUGAUCCGAUACGGACGUGUUGUUCUGGAGCGAAGAUUUGCAACAAGUGUUGGCAGUUCAUUGUUAUGGCGAUCAAAGUUGUGGACAGUGCUCUGAGGGAAGACUUUGGCUUCCAGCAUAUCAUGUGGGUGUAUUCGGGGCGAAGAGGUGCUCACGCAUGGGUCAGUGACAAGCGAGCAAGGGAGAUGGACGACAGCAAGCGGAAGGCUGUUGCUAAUUACUUGACACUUCUCACCGGUAACGAAAAGGGCAAGCGAACAACUCUAAGACGACCACUGCAUCCACACAUCGAGAGGAGCUUGAAGAUCUUAACGCCUUACUUCCAGAACGAUGUGCUCGCGGAGCAAGAUCCGUGGCAGUCCAGCACGCAGGCAGAGAAGCUGUUGGAUCUGAUCCCCGACCAGAAGCUCACGAGUGCACUCAAGAAGAAAUGGGACUCGUCUGCAGACCGAGCUUCGAAUCAAAAAUGGGCAGACAUUGAUAGUGUCGCAGAAGUCGGCAACCUCUCCACCCUGGACCCGAAGCAGCUGGUGAAUGUCAAGCAAGAUAUCAGACUGGAGUACACCUAUCCUCGUCUGGAUGCUGAGGUCUCGAAGAAGCUGAACCAUUUGCUGAAGUCGCCGUUCGUCGUGCAUCCCGGAACUGGCAGAGUCUGUGUUCCAAUCGAUAUGCGUAGCGUCGAGGACUUUGAUCCGUUUGCAGUGCCGACCGUCACGGAGCUGUUGGACGAGAUCGAUCAGUGGGACAGGAAGCAAGGCGCAUCGAUGAGCGACGAGGAGAAGGCAAAGGUUGCAGACUGGCAAAAGACUAGUCUUCGACCGUAUGUGGAAUAUUUCAAGGGUCACGUUGCAACCAUCAUCAAGGAUGAGAGCAGAGGCAAGCGGGAGCGUGAAGACGACGGGAUGGAGUUCUAG